AUGUCGACGCAGCAGCCACCACAACCGGACAUCGCACCCGCGGCGUCGACCCAGUACGACCAGAUCGGCCAGUCGUACGAGUCGAUGAAGAAGAUCCCCGGCGCGGUGCUCGAGCGCAACAACCUCCGCGACACCGUCGUGCCGUACCUCAGCCCGAACCCGCCAGACGACAAGAGCCAUGGCGAUGGCGGUGGCGUCUCGGUGCUCGACCUCGCGUGCGGCACGGGCUACUACUCGCGGCUCCUCAUCGAAUGGUCGUCCCCACGCCGCGUCGUCGGCGUCGACAUCUCGCCGACCAUGGUGGCGGCCGCGGAGCGCUCGGCGGCCGAGCUGGAUGCGUUUCGACAAGGCCGGUUGAAGUUUGCGGUGGGCGACGCUACGAAGCCGCUGCCCUUGGGUGUCCUUUCGGCCGAGGACAAUGGAGAUGAUAGUGGUAGUGGUUCGUUCGACAUCGUACUAGGCGCGUGGCUCCUCAACUACGCCUCCUCGACCGCGGACAUGGCGAGCAUGUUCGCCAACAUCGCCGCGGCGCUGCGGCCGGGCGGACGCUUCGUGGGAAUCACACCGCACCCGGCAGGGGACCUCGACGCGUUUGCAGCCGCGCACGCCACGCCCGCCGCGCAGGCGACCAUGCGCCGCUUCGGCGUCUCGGUCGCGUACCUCUCCCCGCCGCUCGCCUCGGGCGAGGGCUACCACACGCGCAUCACCGCGCACGUCCACCCCGUCGACAUCUCGUUCGACAACUUCCACCUCCGCCGCGAGGUGUACGAGGACGCCGCGCGCCAGGCCGGCAUGCGCGGCCCCAUCACAUGGCGUAAAGUCCGUCUCCCCAAAACCGACGACGAGAGUCGCGCCGAGUACGGCGUCGGCUUCGACUACUGGGACGGGUGUGAGGAGAGGCCGCAUUUCGGGAUCCUCGUGGUGGAGAAGUGA